AUAAAGAGCUAGCCCGGUGGCCAGACACCGAGCAGUAGACAACACACACGUAACCCGCAACAUGCAACUCGGACUCUGGUUUGGCAUUCUCGCCAUCGCUGCGGCACCGCUGGUAAGCGCUAAUUAUGGUCAAGGUGGAGGUGGUGGUCCCGGCCAUGGACCCAUUCAGUACCUGCCCAGUGGCCCGUCUGGGGGCCUCGAGGAGUACGUGAACGUGGCGACGGGCGGCUCGCAGCCAGCGGCCAGCCAGAUCGCAGCGCAGGCCGAGAUCCAGCCCACGCAAGAGGAGGCCCGUCGUCUGGGUCGUGUCCAGGCCCAGCUGCAGGCUCUGAACGCCAAUCCCACCUACCAGAAGCUGAAGAACUCCGAGGACAUUGCCGAGUCGCUGGCCGAGACGAAUCUCGCCAGCAACAUCCGCCAGGGCAAGAUCAAUGUCGUCUCGCCCCAGUUUGUGGAUCAGCAUCUGUUCCGUUCCCUGCUGGUGCCGUCGGGCCACAACAACCACCAGGUGAUCGCCACCCAGCCCCUGCCCCCCAUCAUUGUCCACCAGCCGGGCGCACCACCAGCGCAUGUGAACAGCGGACCCCCCACCGUGGUCCGUGGCAAUCCCGUGAUCUACAAGAUCAAGCCUUCGGUCAUCUACCAGCAGGAGGUGAUCAACAAGGUGCCCACCCCCCUCAGCCUUAAUCCCGUCUACGUGAAGGUCUACAAGCCGGGCAAGAAGAUCGAGGCGCCACUGGCACCCGUUGUUGCCCCCGUCUAUGGACAGCCGCAGUCGUACGGUAGCCAGCCGCAGUCGUACGGUAGCCAGCAGCAGUCGUACGGUGGCUCUGGGGCCGCCUCCGCUGCCGGUUCUGCCUCCUCCGCCGAUGGCUAUGCCGCCGGCAACGAGGCACCCCUCUACAACAGCCCCUCCCCCUAUGGCCAGGCCAACUACUAAGCCAGCUUAGAGUUUCCUUCUCCUGGCCAAGGAGUGCUCCUCGUCUUCUGUACGCGGAGCAGCUGUUUAAUUUAACAAAUUUGUUUUUUUUUUGCCCCUUGCUGAAUGCAAAUAAAAAAUGGAAAAUAUGCUUAAAAUA